AUGCGUACCAACGAACAUACGGCGCUGCCAAUGCGCUCGGAUCCUUUUCAGGUUGGUUCCAUCGCAGAGGCUCAGCAUAGUCGCAAGGUGUGCAUCAAGCAGAAUGGGUCUACCUCCGAUAUGCAGGGACUGAAUGGCUCACCCAUGCUGCACGUACCACAGACGAACGACGACCAAUAUACUGGCCAAAGCUCAAGACUCUCUAUACAGCCCCGAAAUGUACUGCUCCCGCUCGGCGCGAAGGACACAUGCCCGACCCCACCCAUUGACGGCAAACGUGAGGAUGUACCGGGUCCAGAGACAGAUCGCCUGACAUCUGAACAACAAGCUGCAUCGACCGAAUCGACUACGAGUGAUUCAAUCGACACAAGAAGUCGACUGCCUGAACGGGUUGGCUGGGAUCAGCAGCUUUACGAAUCAUGUCCUUCUCAUUUCAGUUGCACCCCGCGCAGACCUUCGAUCGCCGACUUUGAAAUCAUGCAUAGCCAUCUUCCCUUCCAGCACAGCCGCAGUCAUACGAAUGAGUCUAAGGCAGAGGACCUGAUUGACCUACUCGAGAUAUCUGCACAAGCUAAGCCUUGUUCACCACGAGGAAUCCGGGAGAUCUUCCGAGCCGAAGAGGGUUGGCUUCCUGCACCUCCUGGGCUUGUCACCACAUGGGAAUUUGGAGCCAUUGGACAACGACUCAUUCCGGUGAUCGCGCCUGAUACUCCGGAUUCUGACACUUUGGCUAGGUCAUAG